CGUGGAGUGGUUUUGGCUAAACCUACAUGUAUAUUAUAAAGUAAUUCAAGUUCUUUGAUUUUGGUUCCAAGACUAGUGAGUCUAAUGUGAUUCAACAAUCGUACAGGCUUCAGUAAACAAAACGCGAUUACUUAGAAAUAUCCACUAACAACUACACUAUCUUCAUUAUCAAAUAUUUACAUCAGACUCAGACACAAGAAACAGCAUGACCACCAGUAGUGCAGCUAGAAGCGCCCCUCCUUCUUCGCGGGAAGAGGCGAGUCAGCUGUCGUCGAGAGAUCACCCUCCCUCUUGGGUUUUGUCUGAUAACCGAUUAGGCGCCGCGACGGUCUUUGACGCGGACGAUGACCAAGAGGACAGCAUAUUUGACGAUGACGACGAUGCUCAUGAAAUCGACGAUCAUGUUGAGGGAGUAGAAGUUGUGCGAGGAGGACCAAAUAACGGUGGAGGAAGCAGUGGGACAGGAGCCAUAGGCCUAGGACCCGCAAGAGGGCAGUACCAUCUCCCAGCCUCCUCAGCAGCCGACUUCGCUUACUCCAACGAUUUGAAUGCACAUGCAUCUGGCAGUUUGGGAUAUCUGACGUAUGAAAGUCAAGGUCUAGCUCAAGAGGAUGACGAGUUCUUUCCGGAGGCUACUCGAGGGACCGAAGCUGUACUAGAACAGCCAGGAGAGCCAGAUCCAACUAUAUCAACGUCGAAACAAACGACUACGAGCGCCUACACAUCCCCUGUGGAGAGCACAGUAUCGCACGGGCGAGUGGGACUACGUAGCACGGUGAUUCAUGCGGCUACACUCCAGACCCGAGGAGCGAGCAGGAGUUUAUGCGCCAACCUGUGUAAGAGUGGGAGUAGAAAACAUGUCAUAGUCAACAUCAAGAGGAGAUACUGAAGAAGAUAUCUAAGUCCAACGACGCGUUUUUGCCCGUAGAACGUAUUGCACGUAGAUUAUGAUACGUUGAACGCAAGUUGUGUGAUAAAAGGCACGACUGGGACUACUUGUAGAUUCCUUUCUUCUUCCAGCCACUUUGUCGUCAUCCACCACACGACACUGAUCUUCCUACUUCAUACCCUAUGCCCAGCUCCAUGCGGAGCAGCACUAGAAGGGGCCGGACAGCCUCCCGAAGCGCCUCAAUCGAAAGGGAGAUCGCGAACUUCAACAUAAACAUGGCCAUGAAGCGGAGAUACCAGAAGGAGUCUCCGAGUGCCAGAAUGCGACAAAACAUGAAGGACAAAGAGGAGUUCUGCCACGAGAAGAGACCCUUGGAUCAUACGAGGACGCUGGCUAAAAGGUAUCUACUGCGCUGCACAACUGUUGGUUCUUCUAACUUCAAGUACUUUUUACUCGCACGUUCAUUCUCAAACUCGUCUCUUCUUCACGACCAGUGUCUCCUUCAAGUUCAAACCACCUUCUACUGCAUUUAACAAUAUAACUUUGUGAUCUCUCCAAAAUUCAGAUUUUCCACUGCUACACAUGGAGGUGCUGGCGGUGCCGAUCCUUUACGGAAUAAGCUGAGUGUGACGAAAUCUAGACGCGAGAGUUUGUUGAAUACUAGUGCAGAGGCCACACGGUCAGCGAUGCAGGCGAGCAUGAAAGACAAGAGGUCAUUGCUUAUGAUGCAUGAUGGAAUGUGGAAAAACGUCAGUUAUGUUGUUGAUGGUGGAAAAAAUAACGGUAACCGAUUUCAACACAAGUCGAGACCCACAUCCAACAUUUCCACAAGAAAUCACUUUUCCUUCUUUCAUACCCAUAAUCGGCGGGUCCGCUGCUGAGGGUGAAGGCGGUGGCCAGGCGAAACCGAGGUUCCCAGAUCCUGACUUUUCGAUCAGUCUAGCUCUACGUCCCAAAAGUAGCUACGCAGUGCGCACUCUUCCGACGGAGGGAUUUCCGGCGACUCCUAGUAGCAAUGUGCGGAAGGGAGAAUCGUUUAUGAGGAGUGAAUCAGGUAUAUAAAUCCCAGUCCCAGAAGAUCAUGAAUUCCAAAAUUACAUCCUAAGAUAGAUUUGAGUUUGUUUUUCUUAGACUAUAUAGUUGUGAGUUCGCCCCCAUCCAUGAAGAUGAUUUUCCCAGUGUCCAAAAUAUGAGUCCAACACAGGUCCCCUCCGCGUGUGCGUUGUGCCGGACAAAGAAACUUUGCAUUCUCUCCUCCGAGCCCCGAAGCAGGAAAUCAUUCUCCCCGAGCGAUCUAGGCGCAUCCGGUCUUGCGGGAAUGACGAUGACAUCCAAAAACAGCUCAAAGGACCUCAAUGGAACGAUUAUGGUGACCGCAUAGUCCAGUCCAGAUGGCUUCCUUCGAAGUUGCCGGUUAUUCUGCUGACCGAUUCCUUGAUAUCCGAUACAGUAUUAAGGGUUCUUGCCACAUAAGUACACAUUGCAUUCUUCACUACCAGUCUUGGCUUGUUUUCCUUUUGGAAAAGGGUCAGGGAUGACCUGAAGAAUGCAAAAAUGCCGCAACCUCUAACAGUAGAUGACGAGCGGGGUGCUGGACGUAGCAGUUGUGGGAUCAUGGAAGACCCAAUGGGGACAGGAGUUUACAGCACGAGCAAUAUGGCGAGUCAGUUGUACACCCUACAAGGUGGAGGAGGAGGUGGUGGUGGAUUUCAAGGAAUGAACAAAGGUGCAGGAGGUGGUAUCGUAAAAAGUAGUGGUCAAUUAGAAAGUGGGGAGACCAACAAACUUCAAGGCCGAAACCUGUUUCAACAGGAGUCUGUUGCUGGUGCUUCAAAUAAUGCCACGACUAGGAGUAGUGCCGCACAAAACAAAUAUCGCGUCCAUCAAGACAACUCUGCGACUUUUGCAGAGCCUUUAGGACUAGGUGGAGGUGCUGCAGGUGAGCAAGUCAGCCCCAGUGUCAAGAAAAGACCAUUUUUGCGAGGUCCUCAGGACAUGUUUUUCAAGUCCAGCUUCCCUUCUUUGAUGAAAGGGGCUACUAGUGGGAGUGCAGGUGGUGGUUCCUCUGACGCAGGUUCGCCCAGCAAAAGAGUAAGAGGUGCCUCUCCUAGUACAGAGACGCAAUCAGCAUCGUCAUCUGUGUGGAAGACUCUAGUUUACGGUCCAUUAGCAAUGCUUGGGUUCGGUGGCGGCUCGUCAAGUAGCUCAUCUUCGACAAACUUCGGGCCAAGAAGAGGAGGCUCAUCCAGUGAAGGCGCAGGUAAUGUUGUAGACAAAGACAGCAACACAGCAAAAACUAAAGGAACCAUCAAAGCAGGAGGACAACAACAACAUCAGCAGAACGAGGAACUACGAGUAAAACCCCUGCUAGCAGGCGUCAGCGAAGACGAAGUGCAAGAAUUGUAUCGAUGCACAAACGACCAUGGAGCUAGCAUCUUCAAGGACCUAGACGCAACCUCUAGCGCAACUCAAAGUGAUUCUGCUUCCCGUGGACCGGUGUUGUUUAGAAGUGGUGGCACUAGUAGCAGUAGACCAAGAAGAGCUAAUAAUAUGCAGUCUUCAACUUCAUCAGAGAGGACUAAUAAUGACAGGCAAGAUCAAAAUGAUGAAACAGGAGGUUUUAUUUCGGGUUCUCCGGGAAGUCUCGUUGUAGAUAGAGCAAGUAGUAACUCCUUAGUAGUGGUGCAAGAAAACGAUGCAGGAGGAGCUUGUCAGCGUGCAGGAGACUUGAAUAUCCUGCCAUCGAACGAUGCAGGAGGAGCUUGUCAGCGUGCAGGAGGCUUGAAUAUCCUGCCAUCGAACGAUGCAGGAGGAGCUUGUCAGCAAGCAGGAGGCUUGAAUGUCCUGCCAUCGCCUGAUAAACCUCCUGGUUCUUCUAGUGGAGGUUUGACUUUGCCACUAGGAGGUCAAGGCGGGAGGUCAAAUCAGCAUGCUGUCGACAACAACGUAGUAGACCUCGAUAUCAGUGGGAUCUCACCUACCUCGCGUGGAUCGCCUCUUGCUGCUGCUGCUUCAUCUAAGAACCCUAGAAAUAACCCUCCUACUCCAAACAGAAGAAAUACGACUAAGAAAAGUAAGAAAAGUCGACCUAACACUACGGCUUGCGGCAUGUGCUAUUCGAAUCCUGAGAAUCCAGAUCUGCUUGUCUUCGUUGGCUGCAAGCUGUGCCUCUGUGGUUUUGACGGCUGGCUCUGUCCUCUUCCUUGUGCCAACGUAGCGCAUCAACCUUGGGGACCCGCUUUGUGCUGUUUUUUUACCCUUUGCGCACCUUUCUCGGUUCCGUUUGCAGCACCUGUAGCUGAGUGGUGGACCAAGUCGAGUAAACUAAGGAUUUUCAAAUUGCAUUUUUCACUUGCAUCCUUGACCUUUUUCCAAGUGGAAAAUGGGUGAAGGAGUGUUCUGAAGAAUGUAAUGUUGCUGCUGCAGCCCCUAAAAAAAGCAGAGAACAGAGAAGAUGGACAAACACAAGACCAAAAGGGAAGUGGCCUAAUUGACACCGUGACUCCUCUUCAAACGAAAUAGCCACUUUCCUUUCUCUCUGAUGUUGCCGGUCCUUCUGGCGUUUUAGCGAGACGAACGUCGGAUGUUGUAAGUAACAAACACGGUACUUAGCACUUAGGAGUCCUCCGAUUGAGUCUUGACGGGCCUGCUUCAUACAAGAGAGUUCGAGACAGGACCACAACGACAAACUUACACUUAGUAGAAGUUAUAGUUCUACUAGUAGGUUGUUCAUGUUCUUCUCUACAGUACUUAGUUGUUCUUUAGAUAAUGCAACUCAUACUUUCAGGUUGUGAUGUAUUCGUAACGGUAAAAGCGACUUAUUGAUAGUGAUCAUGACAAUUGAAUUUAAGGUUUCUUUGUCCACCAGCUUCUUCUUAGAUAGAAGAAACGCCGUGUAUGGAUUCAAUCUAUUGCACAAAACAAGUCAAUUCUGACGUCUUAGUAGAUCCAACUUUUCUAGUGAUCAACAUUCGAAAUCAACUAAUACUUCUACGCGACUUAUAGGACAGGUAUUCCACUGAACAAGAAUCUGGUAGCAGGCCUACGACUAGAAGUUUUUCAAGUAUUCCGUAAUUGAUAUGCAAGAUCAUAGAUUCCAGGAGGAAGAUCUUCUAAUGAGGGCUGCCUAUAUCGUCACAAGAGUUUGCUCGAUCGUCGCAGCGGUAGUUUUUCUACUUCUCUACUACUGCGUCGUUGUGUUUUCCGCUUCCAGCAGUACUUCCUCGAAGAUGACCAUGUUGACGGCGACGGGCACGGGAACAAGAAGACAACAAGUAAUAUCAUCAAAUAGAAGUGCGGCAUC